AUGCAGGUCGAAAGUGAAGGAAAUCUGAUAGUCAUGGCAGCAAUUACAGGUUACACAUUGCACUUGUUUGCCAGCCUAUUCCAAAAACCGCAAUCACCAGCAACAACGACACCGACAUCAACAGCAGUGCCCAUUCUCACCUCACCAUCACCAAUCUUCGAAAGGAACAACAAUACUCAGAAAAACUUCCAUGCAACCCACAAUCCUCCUUCAUUCCUCACUUUGAUCUUGCCUACCUUCCUCCCAUUCUUUAUUACUUUGAUGCUCUUCGUCUGGCAUGGUCGAGAAAACAUCAUGAGCGGGAAGGAAAAGGCCGAAAGGAAGAAGAAAAAGAAGAAAAGCCAGCGUGGUACUAUUCAGGCAACAGUCGAUCACGACAUCGUACCACCACCUCGAGAUGAUCACCCCAGCGGGAGUAUUCUCAUAAGCGGCAACGACAGCAAAAACGACAAGAUGCCCAAGAACCCUAAUAGGUGUUCCGAAACGGGCAAGCUGAAGCCGUCCAUACCGAUCCCGAACCCGUUCCCUGUCCCAUGGCUGCCGAUUUUCAUCCCACCUCUGGACGCGGCGGAUGCUGUUGCCGACAACCGCCAAGGAUCCACGGACCCAGCGGCGAAUCACCAUCGCCCAUCCGCCACGAUCCUGAGACUCCUCAGCAAGACGCACUACUUUAUCCCGCAGCUUGACGAACAGAUGGUCGGGCCGAGUGCGGUGCGUCAGAGCCUGGCGGACUGGGAAUUGGCUCUACGUACUAGCGGGGUCGGCGGCACGGCGCUUCCCCGGCCGCUGCCGAUCAUGUCGUCCAUGAUGAGGGAUGCGUUUGUGUAUUGUGAUUCCUGUGAGCUGACAUGGCUCGUGGGGCAGGAUGACUGCCAUGUGUCGGGCAAUAAUCGAGUUCGGCAUCCUCUGCAUGAUGCUUAUGGCGGCCCAGACCGCCUGGAAAGAAAAAGCCGCUCUCGCCAACCCGACAAACCCCUUGGCUCCAUUGUCGUCCACGUCGCCGCGGGCCUUCCGGGCAGGCCACCCAAGGCAAGCAAGAACAGCGCACCGACUGAGGUCAAGGCCCGCACCGUCAUCUGGUUUGGCAAAGACUCGCAGUACAACCUGGUGGACAGUUUCAAUAUCCUCAACGUGGAUUCAAGCAAGGAGAUAGCAGAUAUGGUGGCUGCGACGCAAGCGUUGGAGCUGAUUGCGACCGAGGUGCUUCCGGACCGACGGGUGAUGCUGAGCCAGCACAGGGCCGACAUGAGGGCGACUACGAUAAAGAAGAAGGACAUGGACAACGAGAGGCGGUACGCAGAGGGACGGCGCAACGAGGCCAUGGAGAGGAUCCGGCGUGUCGUACUCAAGACCAUGGAUCGCGUGAGGAUGGCGGACGCGAAAAUGUUCGACGUCGAACGCAAACAGUUCGAUGACCUGGUCCGUGAGAUGCUCUAUCCGCACGACUUGCUCAAGGAGCCAAACCUACGGCGGCCGAUCACCAAGAAGAACAUUGAGGUAACCCUGGCGGCCAUCGAGCGGAGGGUGAAGUUGACAAAACCGCUGUUCAGCUCAUCAGAGUGGGAUAUCAUACUGGACCACUUUCUGCCGCGCUUCCAGAUCCUAUGCAAGCGUUUCGAUACCUACCACGACGGCCUGAUUAAAGCAGCAGUCGAGCAGCUGCGCAAGAUGGCGUGCGAUAUCCUGCUGCAAAACGGAAUGAAGCUUGCAGAGAUCGACAAUUGGUGCAAGUUGAAUGGCGACGGGCCCGGUAUGAAUCUCAGGGACCUUGUGGCUCUGUGCAUGACCUUUAAGAGUGACCCAGCCGACGAAGACAACAAAGACAAGAGCGACGUCCAAAACGAACUCGCCCACGACGAGGCCCUCGUAGUUACGAUGCUCACAUGUGCUGUCAGAGAGUCAUUGGGCCCGAUGGCCUGGGAGAAUCAUUCAAGAUACGAAGUUGUGCAAGAAUUUAUGGAGAAGAGCAAGGAUAAUCACACAAGCAUCCCGCAUAUUGCCACCUGUUUCAUGAGGGACAUAUGGUUGACUCCGAUCAAGCAGGACGGCAUGGCGACAAAAGGAGACGAAAGAGGUGGCGAUGGAGGUGGCGAUGAAGGUCUAGAUAAGAAGGCCACCCCGACAAGGUCAAGCGACAAAAAGCCCGUAGAGGCGGGCCCUGGGGCGCAGACGGCGCCCUCAGCUGGGCAGACAUUCAUGUCACAACUUCGGAAGCGAGUUGCUGCGCUGACCAUGUCAUCUUUGUCUUCACCCCCACCGGAAGACCAGAUAAAAGAGGCCAAGCACACGUGUUCAACUUCCCCUCGUGCAGAAAAACCAGUGGUUGUCGAAGAGUCGGAAAAUGACGGAGGCGAUCCCCAGCCUGGUCGGGGUCGUGCCAAGACCCCGACUCCGAGGACGCCGGCGCUAAAAAUCAUCAUGGUGACGGAUUCGCAGGACAUUGUGGACAGUAUCUGCAAGCACCAGGAUGACUGGACAAUUCACUUCAAGCCUGGUGGUGAUGGAGAAAAGAGGCUUGAGAGCAUCCCGCAGGUCACGAACCGUCGUGGGGAGCUGAUGGGAACCACACUGGAUUGGUUGAGGCUUUGGGCGAGCGUGGCGAACUUGAGCGUUCUGCAUAAUGUUGAGGUUUGCUGGUACGCGGUACCGCGGGCGAUGAACGCGGAGGCCGUGGCCUUGUUGGCUACGGAAUCCAAGGAGGGCAAGGUGUGA